AGUCGACAACUGACCAUGCGAAUAAGCGGCAAGGCUUGCACAACCUCUGUUGCAGCGCAGCGAGAGCGGCCAGUGUCGUGUCACACGCAGAUCGUGACCAUGGCGUUGAUCGUGAUCCAGGGCACAUGUCUGAUGGUGCUCACCGCUUCCCUGGCUGCUCUGCUGCUGCUUCUACCGUCGUCCGUCCGUGGUGAUGUCUGUCGAGUGCGGGGUUUCGAAAACAAGGGUCCUAUCGAUCCGGAUGCAUGCAGGAAUGUCACGGAAAUCAUCAGAGACAAGGGCUACCCCGUGGAAGAGCACAGGGUGACGACCAGCGAUGGUUUCGUCAUCAACAUCCAGCGCAUGCCGGACGGUCACAAGGCUCGGCACGCCAAGGGCCCGAAGCCGGUAGUCUUCCUCCAACAUGGUCUGCUCAGCUCUUCCGCCGACUGGGUCAUCAACUAUCCUCCGGAGAGCCUCGGUUACAUCUUGGCCGAUGCCGGAUAUGACGUCUGGCUGGGAAAUGUUCGUGGCAACACAUACUCAAGCCACGUCAAGUACACGCGAAAGGACAAGCAGUUCUGGGACUUUAGUUUCGACGAGAUGAUCAAGUACGACUUGCCGGCGAUGCUCGACUACGUCCUGAACACGACGCAGCAGACCAAGCUCUUCUACGUGGGACAUUCGCAGGGAACACUGAUACUUUUCGCACUGCUCUCAGAGAGGCCGGAGUACAACAAGAAGAUCCAGCUGUUCUCUGCGAUGGGACCAGUGACGAAUGUGACGUACAUGACGUCACCGGUGCGACUGCUGGCUCCGUUCGCGAAAGACGCCGGGGUGCUGUUCCGACUUUUCGGCGACUACGACUUCUUGCCCAACAACUGGUUCAUGAGGUUCCUGGCCAAAACCAUGUGCAAGUACCAUGCUCUCCGGGAGGUGUGCGAGGACGCCAUCUUCCUCAUUGUCGGCACUGACAUGCAUGAACUCAACGUGACCCGCCUGCCUGUAUUCAUCAGCCACACGCCAGCGGGAACAUCCGUCAAAAACAUGAUUCACUUCGCUCAGCUAGUUCGGGAGAAGCGGUUCCAGAAAUUCGACUAUGGUAGCUCCAAGAACAUGGCCAUUUACGGGCAGAAAAUCCCUCCCGUGUACAACGUGUCGGGCGUGAAGAUCCCCGUGGGUCUCUUCUGGAGCCUUAACGACUGGUUCGCUGAUCCCGCGGACGUCAACAUCCUCACAAAGCAACUGCCUAACAUCAUAUUCAACUACCAGGUGCCGGACCCGGAGUUCACGCACCUCGAUUUCAUCGUGGGAAUCCACGCAAACGACAUUGUCUACAGCGCCAUGAUGAAGCUCAUGGAUCGACACAGAAAGAAAGCCUACCGGUUCUAGUCCGA